ACGAGGCGGUCAAUCAGCACGCGAGGUUUUCCUGCGCCAACCGCGACGCACAAUGAGAACCGAAUUGGCCCAUUGACAACUCGCCCAGCCGAUCGCUUAAGGUUUACUGGCGCCAACGGGGAACUGCAGUUCCGUUAUUUCAUUUGUUUUUCUCUUUGAACCUGGCAGUGGCAGCCCUUUUUCGCGCUCACUCAGCUUCCGACCGAUUGCGACUUUCGUGGAUCCCAGCAGCUCGUCCCCGCUUCAUCUCCCGCGCGCUCUCUGCUCUGGGGCCACGGUCAACCUGCGCACCUGCGCAGUAAACAUCGCCAGCGCUCCCGCCCGCUGCGCGGAAUUUGCUCGCCUGUUUUGCUGCGCGUCUGCCGAGACGAAAAAUGUCCAGUGCUCUCCAGACGAUCCCUCACCAGCCCACGUCAGCUCCGGCCCUGCACACACCGCCCCUAGCCGCCGUGUCGCAGUUCAAUCGACAAUACCCGCCGACCCAUUCAUCUCUGACACGGGACGGGCCCGGCUAUCAUGCAAGCCAGCCGCCCUCGGGACCAUCGCCGACAUCGCCAUCGCGACGUCCCUCCAGCAGACCCAGCGCCAGCAACGACCCUUGCAUCGAUCCAAAUUCUCCAAUGAGCUCCCGCGCCGCCGUUGCUUCUCCCGUGCCCGUCCCUGUAGCCUUGCCUGCAGGCUCUCCCAGCCCGCACAACGCAAACGCGGAUCACAGGCGAACCAUGCCUGCCGCUGUCCCACCGCGGACGUCGAGUUCCCGACGCGCUCAAACGACCGAGCGGACGACCGACGCGUCGCGCCGAACCCACACCGACUCGAGUCGCGAUGCGAAUGGCCGAAUAGACGCGGCCGAGCAAAGUUCUCGCAGCCGACGAGCGAACCAGCCGCCCCAGGAUCAACAUGGACCGAGCGGCGCCCGCGAUGGCCGCGGGAACCCGUCAACAACAUCCGCGACAACGGCGGCGCCGCUCCUCUCGCCGCCUCCUAACUCCAACCCGGCCGAUGGCCCGUCGAGGGAGGCAAGCGAAAUAUUGAACAGCGUGCUGAUCUCGCCGCCCGAGGUAGACAUCGAGCGGGAAAAGGAACGCUCAGCUCUUGCUCAACCACGUCAGGUCUCGAGCCUGCCAGACGACGAUGCAGCGCCGCCCCCCAUAGUCGCCAUGGCGGAUCCCGCAGAGGAGACCCGGCGCGGCGGGAGAAGCCGGCACGAUCACUCCCGGCGAGAGAAGCAAACUAAGUUCGGUGAAUACAUCUUGGGCAACACGAUUGGCGAGGGCGAGUUCGGGAAAGUCAAACUGGGCUGGAAGCAAGAAGGGGGUGUGCAGGUCGCCAUCAAGCUCAUCAAGAAGGACCAACUGGGCAACAAUCCGACGCGAAUGGCCAAGAUCAUGCGCGAGGUGGCCAUCCUCCAACAAUUGACACAUCCCAACAUUGUCAAGCUGCACAAGAUGGAGGAAUCCGAGAGACACUACGGCAUCGUGCUCGAGUACGCUUCCGGAGGCGAGCUGUUCGAUUACAUCCUCAACCACCGAUACCUGAAGGACAACACUGCGAGGCGGUUAUUCGCCCAGCUCGUUUCCGGAGUGGGUUACCUGCACAAAAAGGGGAUCGUGCAUCGCGACCUGAAGUUGGAGAACCUCCUGCUCGACCGCAAUCGCAACAUCAUCAUCACGGACUUUGGCUUCGCCAACACGUUCGACCCUAACGAGGAGCUGACGGAAGAAGAGGAGAUGAACCUGACGGACCGCGAAUUUGUUAAGCGCAUGGGGCUGGAUAAGGUCAAGCCGAAUGGCUCGCGAAAAGGGGAUCUGAUGCAAACUAGCUGCGGCAGCCCGUGCUACGCGGCACCCGAGCUCGUAGUUAGUGACUCGCUCUACACCGGACGGAAGGUGGAUGUUUGGAGCUGCGGUGUUAUCCUGUAUGCGAUGCUAGCCGGCUAUCUCCCGUUCGACGACGAUCCGGCGAAUCCCGAAGGAGACAACAUCAACCUCCUCUACAAGUACAUCGUCAACACCCCGCUCACCUUCCCCGAAUACGUCACCCCACAUGCGCGCGACUUGCUGCGGAGGAUCCUCGUCCCCAAUCCGCGCAAACGAGCAGAUCUGUUCGAAGUCGCCCGCCAUAGCUGGCUCAGCGAAUAUGCGCACGUGGUGGAGUUCAUCACGUCGAGCACAACGAGUCCUAAGGACAUUCAAAACACCACUGUGCCCCCCGAAGACGAGGAUAUACCCAUCCUCGCACGUAGCGCAUCGGUACGCGAAUCGACGAAGAAGACAACCGCCGCUCCCGCCAUCGGCGGCCUGGUCAGCAAGCAGGGCACGAUCGACGCCGACGCAGACGCUGCGUACGCCAAGCAGCAGAGGGACAACAAGCGUCGUACGGUGCAGGUAGAAUAUGUUGCGCCGAGUACGGCCACCCAGCGUGGCGAGCCCUCAGGGACGCAGGGGUCCAGCAGCCGGACGCGUGCCCGCUCGGGCAGCCAGGGAGCUGUCGACGUUUCCGAGAGCGCCCCGCUGUCGGCGCCCACCGAGAAGCCACUGCCGAGAGAGCCCAUAGCUACAGGUGAUGCGUAUGGGAAGACGCCAGUUGCCUCGAGAAGGCCGCCCAGCGCUCAUCGCAACGCCGGCUCGUCGGCUGCCGCCGCCCGGGGCGGGCGCGAGGCUGCGUUCAUGACGGCCGUGCCAAGCCCCGGGGCCCGACCCGCAACAGGGGGCUCCAUACAGUCAACCAGCUCCAGGGGUCCGGGAGCCGGCCAGAGGCCCUCGUACAGCCAGCCGGUGCCCCCCGAAGUUGCCGAUACGAAUGCGCACGGGAGGAUCCAGCAGCCACCGCGGGGAGGCAGCAGUUACGGGAAUCCCGCCUCGGCUUCCCAGGGCCAGAACGAGUUUGGCCGACCCAGUAUGAGCCUCCCGCCCAAGUUCGCCAGACUCUCCGGCUUUGCCGACCAGACGCCUGGCGGCACCAGCAGCGGCGAGGUCAAGGGUCACAAGCGGUCCAGCACGAUGGGUGAGAUCAGCAGUAAGCUCUUCGGCCGGAGUGGAUCGCUGUUUGGUGGUAGGAGCCGCAAACGGUCGGAGCAGCAGCCGGCGGGCGAGAAGGGCAAGAGAUACCCCCCUGUUAGCAUGAACAACUCAAUCCUCGGGGCCGAUGAAGGUCGGCAAUCGAUGGAUUCAAAGCGCUCGCGCAAGUCGUUUUCCAUUGGACUGGGCAAGAAGGCAUCCGGCAGCAUCUCAGGAUCGCAGAAGUCCCAGGAGAAGCACGCGAGACGCUUCUCCUUUAUCCCGGGCUCCUUUUCGCUCAAAUCGAUCGGCAUCGGCAAGGACGAGAACCGACCACAGCUCGACUCGCAGCAAGAUCUGCCCAUCCAGGAACCUCCGGCAGUGGACCAGUAUGGGCGCUACGUGGAGCAGGACAUCGGCCGAGAACAGCCGGUCGAGGCGUCGACGCUGGACGGCAUGUGGGCACAGCUUCAUGAGCCCCGAGCAUCGCCCGACCCAUACGGGCAUCGGCAGCAAUACCCGUCUAACGGGUACGGGCAUCCCUCGGCCAGUCAAGGUCACAUGCCACCGGCGUUGCUCAGUGGCGGAUCAGAGGCCUCAGUGGACCGCGUGCACCCCGCUCACGGAUCGGCGCCACAGCUCCCACAGACACCGCAGCAAGACGGCGGGUAUGACGGGCGAAGGGUUGCUAGCGGCGCCGCCAAGCCCGGGCGUGGCGUCCUGCAGAAGAACAAGCGGUUCGUGGACGCGUGGGACACGGACUCGUACUCGCGCGGCCGCGACCACUCAGGGAGCAGCGGUCCAGCCAGGAGAGUUAUGGACUUUUUCCGACGGCGAGGGAAAGCCAGGGGCGGCGAGAUCAGUUGAGCCUGCUGUCGCGGAGCGUCCCGCUCGCUCCCUUGGGCAUCUGAUCGAUCUCAAACGGUGACCACAGCCGCGAUACCGCGCUGUACAUCCAUCUCUUUUACCCACGGCUGGCACGUACCUACAUACAUUUACGGGAACGACAACGGCGGCGGCGUCAUGGCGCAGUGAGCUUGGAGCAGACGGACGGGGCGUUGCG